ACGCGAACUCUCUCCUACCGCUGCUGUAUCCCGCCGCCUCUUUCUGAUUACCACACAUUCCACAUCAGCAUGUGCGCAUGUUACUCUUCAUACAUAUAUGUUAAGAAAUACCUGAAUAUCGCAUAUUAGUAUAUUUUGGAAGUAUUCGGGUCGGGUCUAAAUUUACAGAUUGUAAUUCCCUGAAGGGAUGGAGGUGUGGACUAGCGUUUGGACAGGAGCUAGUUCCCCAGCGUGAAACAUCUUAGAAGUCAAAGUACCACACAUAACACAUAUAUGUCUCGAACGCCCACCCUUACAUGGGUUAUUCAUUUUCCACAUCCUCUGAAACCAGAGUGAUAUGUAUGGCGUUCUGAUUCUUGUGUUGGCAUCAGCUGGUGCUCAACAGCGUGGAUGUUGUGAUCUGCUGUUAGUUCUCCUUUCCCACAGAGGGCACUUUCCUGCGAUGAGCUGUUUCCUGAUUACGGCAAGGUGUAAUCCUUAAUGCGCUCUUCCCAUGCCCCACUCUUCCUAUCGUCCCCGCACAAGUUGACACGGGCAACAGCGGUAACAUCAGAGAAUGGUUCUCCUGCUCAACGGCAGCAUGGUGUCACAGUGGUCAGCAUUGUUCUGGACAUGAGGGGCUAUCUGUUCUCCCUGUGUUCGUGUGGAUUUUCCCUGGGCGCUCAUUUUCUUCCACAGUCCAAAAACAUACUGAAGUCCCUUCAUUAGGAUGAGGGAGUGGUGGAUCCAGGUUGGGCUGCUGACUGUGCCCCUCAUUGCGGUGUAUCUCCAUAUACCCCUGCCUCACCUCUCCCCAGCCCUGCAUGCCUGGAGGGAAGCAGGAACAUUCUUCACGUUUAAGGAAAAUAAAAUUUUUUACAGGGAUUCCAGCGGUGCUGUUGGAAGUUCUGAUGUGCUCAUACUUUUACAUGGGUUUCCAACUUCAAGUUAUGACUGGUACAAGAUAUGGGAUGGGCUGAAUCAGAGGUUCAACCGGGUGAUUGCACUGGACUUCCUAGGGUUUGGUUUCAGUGACAAACCUAGGCCUUAUCGGUACUCCAUAUUUGAACAGGCCAACAUUGUGGAAGGACUGGUGGCUCAUCUGGGUCUGAGAGGUCAGAAAAUCAACAUCCUUUCUCAUGAUUAUGGAGAUACUGUGGCUCUGGAGCUACUGUACAGGAGUGAACAUAACAGAACUGGGCAUUUAACGAUCAACAGUCUCUGUCUGUCCAAUGGAGGUAUCUUUCCAGAAACCCACUAUCCGAGAUUUCUACAGAAGCUGCUCAAGGAUAGCGGAUUCCUUUCUUCAAUACUGACCCGACUCAUGAACUUUAUGUUCUUCUCAAAAGGAAUAGGAGCUGUGUUUGGGCCAUACACUCAGCCAACAGACAGUGAAUACUGGGACAUGUGGACUGGGAUCCGGUAUAAUGAUGGAAACCUGGUCAUGGACAGUAUUUUGCAGUACAUUAAUCAGAGAUUGAAGCAUAGAGAUCGCUGGGUUGGAGCUCUGACUACCACCACCAUUCCUUUGCAUAUGAUUUACGGUCCACUAGACCCAGUGAACCCUCAUCCACAAUUUAUCAACUUAUACAAGCAUCUGGUUAAGCGGUCCACAGUGUCGAUUCUUGAUGACCAUAUCAGCCACUAUCCACAACUGGAAGACCCUACUGGCUUCCUGAAUGCAUAUCUGAACUUCAUCAACUCCUUCUGAUGAAGGAUGAUGCUGCUGCCGCUGUGUUUACAAUCAGUUUAGCUUCCUGGAAUAAACCAGUCCUCUUCUCUCUACACAGUGUAUCCAGCUUACAUUUGCUAAGAUCAGGGAAAUAAUAUUUUUAACAAAGCCAGUAUUCUUAUGUUUUUGUUUUUAACACAUAUUAGGAAAUAUUAAAUGUAAUAUUUAAUAUGACAAAAUUAAAUAAAUAAUCUGUAUUGAGAGAAUAGUAUUUAUUAUAAACCCCAAACCCUGUCAUCAUGAUUGACUAUUAAUUAUAGGAAAUGUUUCAAUAGUGAUCUGGAAAAUUGGAAAAUCCUGUUAUUUGCAGUAUUGUGGUGGGUAGUGUAAUAAAUUUAAGGGAAUUAAUGUACCAUCAGACAGAUUGUAAACAGCUCUUCAGUUCAAUGUUUGACUUGGCUGAAGAUGUCUGAUAGCCGUUAGAGAAGUGUUUCUCUGGCCUUGUCCUGGAGAAACAGUGUCAUUCCAGCUGAGCACUAAUCACCAGGUGUAUUUAAUAACCUAUUAAAUUGAUCUACUUCCGUGUUCAGAUGUUCAACUUGUUUUUUCAGUCAGUCCUGAGUGGCAAAAGAAACAACUACUUCCUGGAUCCAUUUCCAAUAGCCUCAGCAUGCAGAAUUUCACACGCUUAAUUAGAGGACUCUGAUGUAAUGGACUGUCCUGAAGUAACAAAACGUUUUUUGAAAGGCACACACACAAUAUGCCAGUAUGUCUGAGUUCAUGAACUCUGAGGUGUCUUUUGGCUCUGCAACAGCAGCUUUACCAUUUUUCUGGUUGAUCUUAUCAAAUCUUAGAAGCUACUGUAUAACGAGAACGUGGUUGCUGAUGUUUUUUUCUGGUUAGUGAACCAGUUUUAAUAACUGCUUUGUCAUUAAAAAUCCCAUGACAUUGUUCACAAAAAAAUGAAUGUAAACUAAAACCCCUUCAUUUGGUUUGUUAAGUAAUUUAUCUCUCCUUUACCUGCUCUGAUGUGUGGCAGGAAUUGCUGGUGACUGAUGGCUGCUUUAUGGCACCCAAGUGGAUACAGUAAACUUCAGUGCUGGAGUAAGUGGAUCCAAUCUAUAUGUCAAGGGCUUUUGGAUAUGUUGGAAUGAAUAGCACUGUAUAAUUUCAAUUAUUAACCUUUGUUCUAAAGCCUUUGAAGAACUAAACCAUUAAGCAUAUUACACUGCUGUGUUUAACCAGUACACUGUAUCAAAAAGCGAUAUUGAAUGUAAUAUUCUCCAAGUACAUUGUCCAGACUGAAGUAAUUGAAUUUGCUUUGGAGAAGCUGCCUAUGAAGUAUAUUUUACAAUUUUACAAUAUUUUAUAUUUUACAGUCUUGUGAAAUGAAUAGUUAAGAAAUGAUAGAGUGCUUUCAGAAGGUGGAAGAAACCAAAAUAGCAAUCAACUACAAUAAACUCACAGCAAGAAGAAGCGUUUAGUAUUGGACCAAAGAAACAUGGACCUAAGCAAGUAAAAUCAUCAAACAGAUUAAAUUAAGAAAUUGGUGGGCGCACUCUGCAUUUCAUCAAUGAAAGAUUGAAAAAAAAUUAAUAGAUCACUUUGAGGCAUAGAAUAUAACAACAUUGAUGACAUGGCAUUUUUUGUCAGUGUACAACAGUAGUUAAUGUCCAGUUAAUACAUCUGUUAUUCUUCACGUUUUUCUAGUCCAUUUUAAUUUGUGGCCAAGUGAGAUUGUAUUGCCGUUCCACCAUUGGACUACCAUUGAGAGAUAUCUACGUCUUCAGUAAACCAUGGCACGUUUUCAGUGUGAUUGAACAAAAAUGAGAACCUUCCAAAAGCCUUGAGUGUCAAUACAUGUAUCCUAGAACUUUAAAAAUGUAAUGUUGUCUAGAUUUUUUAUAGUCUAUAAUAUAGCCUUUUUAUUUGGCUGACACAUUUGUGUCCUGUAAUGUUGUGUGCAGCAGGCUUACUCAGAUUCCAGUUACUUUUUUCCUGCAUUUUUGACAACUGCCAAAAAGCGGUCUUAAGGUUUUGGGACUGCAAUCUUUGUGGAUUUAAAAUUGCUUAACUUGUUGUCCAUACAUAACAAUGGUACCAAUCUAAAUAUUAAUGAUCAUAAACAGGAGUGUGUCAUUCAUUUGUUUGUUUUGGUUUGCUUAAUGUCAUCUGUAAAACAAACCCUACUCAAUGUAUCUGAAUAUAAACAAACUAUAAAAUACAAUAUAAUCAGGGAUAAACUUGUAUCUAGAUAAUAGUUUCAACAGAAAUAAACAAAUAUACGGUUCUAGCCACUCGAUUUGAUUAAACACCAGAGACAGAUAGUCUCAAUUGCUGAAUGUUGUCAAUGUCAAACUUGGUGAAAAUGUAAGGUUCCAGUAUUUGUGUACACUACUUCAAGCCAAAUAAUUUCAGUUUAAUCUGAACUGUACUGUAUUAUUGACAAACAGAGCAACUGAACAAAUGCUAAAAGAAGCAUUAUUUUCUGCAAAUAAAAUUAUUUUAAAAAAUUGUA